GUGACAGUAGGACAGAUGCUUCUCACAGGCAAAUACUGCCUUCGUUGCAGGAAGUGUAGCGAAGCAGCAGUACAGCGCAUGUUCUGAGAACUCUCUGCAAGCAAAUGAUGAAUUCUCUGCAGUGAAACGACGAAAGCCGUUACAUGUCCCUACAGUAGUCCAGGGAGUGGUCAUGGCAAGUGCUGAGAUCACAGUGUCCUCAAGGAACAUAGUGAUGGUGAAGGAAGAGGAGGAGGAAGGGGAGCACUGUGAGAGCCGCAAGACUCAGGUCAUCCUCCAUCUGCAGCCCAUCAUACAGGGGGCAAAUGAGGACAACGCUGACACUGGCUCUACUGUCCUAGCCAUAGAGACGCAUCAUGAAGACAAUCUUGCGGAGGGUGAGGAGGUUGAGUAUGGAUAUCCCAUCACCUGUGGCGAAAGCAAAGCAGUCCUCCUGUUUAAGAAGUUUGUCUGUCCUGGCAUCAACAUCAGAUGUGUCAAGUUCAAUGACCAGCUGAUCAGCCCCAAGCAGUUUGUUCACAUGGCAGGGAAAGCCACUCUGAAGGACUGGAAGAGGGCCAUCCGACUGGGAGGGGUGAUGCUCAGGAAAAUGAUGGACUCAGGUCAGAUUGACUUCUACCAGCAUGACACAGUGUGUACCAAUACCUGCCGCAGCACCAAGUUUGACGUGUUGAUCAACAGCACCCGCUUCCUUCCGGGCAGCGCCAUGCAGCCCCCCCCUUCCCCUCUGCCAAUAGAUGGAGGCCAUGCUGCAGUGUCAGAUGACAGGCUAGAGGAGAAGGCCUACACUACAGUGGAGUGGAGCCCUGGGCCAGCUCCUCCCAUCACCAGCACAGCCAAUGGACAUGUCAAGAGGAAAAGGGGUGACAUCAUCCCUGAUGGCAGUCUAAGCUUUUGGAGAGGCAUAGCAGACGUUGGCCUGAUGGGGGAUGUGUUAUCCAGUUUCCGCACAGAACUGGUGGCCAUGUUGAGAGGAGUGGAGGUCCGCAGUGAGAAGGCCAUUUUGCAAGAAGCCGAUGCUGUUGUGCUGAACUCCCUUUCGGAGAUGUUUGGGCUGCUGGACUCAGUGAGGAGGGUUCUGGACCUGAGACGCAGUGAGACUGAUGACAACCAGCAGCAGGUCCACAAUGCUCUUAAUGUGCUGGAGGACCAGUUGGAGGACCAGAGGAAGCCGAGGCAGGAUGAGCCUCCACCCAGCCCUGGUCACCUCUACAUGGGCAGCUUCUCCAAGGCCACCCCCUCAAAGUGCCCGCGGCUGCAUCCCUCUAGCUCUUCCACCACCCAGCCUCAGAACCAGACCACACAAUCGUCCAUCAUCUUAUCUCCCAUUACCACAUCCCCAGUGGGUCAGCCUCUCAAUGUGGCCGGCUUGCCUGUGGCCACACUGGCCCAACUCCCCACUGGCUCCCAGCUCUUCACCCACUACACCACUGGCAACACCUCUGCAGGAAAGAGAGGCAGCGCCAGUUCUGUGGCUCUCCAUACAGCCUCCAGGGUGACUGUGCUCAACACAACCACAGAGUCAUGGGUGGAGACCCCUCUACAGGUGCUUCAUCUAACCCAGAAGAAGGAGCAGGACUCUGGGGACAAGGAGAGCCAGAGACUGGGGGAGGAGAGGAUAGUACUUGUGCAGCAGGGGGUACUACUGGACACUCCAGGGAUUCAGACACACUUUGCUGGGAACAGUGGGGGCUCAAUCAGAGAUGGAGGAAGAGGGGGAGGAGCAGGGGAGGGACAGGAGAGUGAAGGUACAGAAGGAAGGGUUGCAUAAUGUAGAGUAUAAUGUAGUCUUUGGCAGGAAGAGGGCAUUAAAAGAACGUAAAACCAAGUGAGAAAAGGGAGAACCGUAAGGAAUACAGUUGAAAGAGAAUUGAGUGAGUGAGUGAGUGAGUGAGUGAGUGAGUGAGUGAGUGAGUGAGUGAGUGAGUGAGUGAGUGAGUGAGUGAGUGAGUGAGUGAGUGUGUCUGUGUGGAAGAGAGCAAGAAGGUGAACUUCGCCAUGUCAUGUCAUGUGUAGCUCCACACAGAUUUUAGGCUAUAUGUGUUUUAGGCUAUAUGUGUAACAUAAUUUUAACGUACAGUACCUUUUCAUAUGGUGUUUAUUACUGCAGGGCCCAUAGUACUUUAAUUACCCAUGGUCUUCAUCAUCAAAGAUAUUGAUAUACUUAAUGAUAGGGGAGAGUGGGCUAAGUUGAGCCAUUUCUCCAUCAAGGAAAAUAUUGUAUUCUUUCUAACAAAGAUGUCUACAUUUAUUUCAGGAUGUUGUGUAUCCCUGAAAAUAAUCAGAAUUAUAUAUAUAUAUUACAGUUUUGCAGGACAAGGUAAGUUAAGCCGCCUAUUUCUGUACUGAAUUAAAUAUUACCACUACUGUUUUAAAACACUGUCUACCUUUAUUUCCUAAACACAAAUCAACACAAUCACAAUAAAUUUUUUGUGUUUUAAUAAUUUAAAGCAUAUUUAAACACUGGUUUAAAACUCUUUGUACUUUUUAAAAACACAUUUAACUUAGGCCAGGCCCUGUUGUCACCUCAUAUCCCAGCGAUAAUGAGAAGAAAACACUUACAUUUGCUCAACUUGCCAUUGGCUCAACUUACCUCGUGGUCAUUGGCUCAACUUUCACACCAUGGUAAACAUUUUGACUAUAUUAGCCCACACAGCUACAAGGAUGCACUUUCAUGCUAGGUUUAGGACCUCAUAUUGAAACUUAUAGAGACCCCCAACUGAUGUACAGAACGAUCUUAAAAUGAUCUACAUUGGUUUAGAUACAUUACAAGCAUCAUGAAAACACUUUAACACAAUAAAUUCAUUUUUUUGGAUCUAACUUGCUUACCACUUUUUCCAUGUGAUUUCUUUCUUCACAGAGCUCUUCCUAAAUAUUUGGUCAUGUAAUACAUGUUUUGUGUAUGGUUUCCUAAAAACAAGAGUGGCCUAACUUACCCUUUGGCUCAGCUUACCCCACUCUCCCCUACAGGGUUUUAUCACAACCUUCUUCAGUAGUUCUCAUCAACUCCUGCAAAUCACAGCUUGUAUUCAUAAACCGUAUCAGAGUAGGAUUGCUGCUCUUGGAUCUGUUUUGCAUUUUAAAUCAUAAUGAAUAAAAAGGGGGGACCUGAUCCUUAAACAGCACUCCUACUCUAAGACGCAGAACUCACUGUUCCUCUCGAGUACACCAGGAGAUAGGAACCAUCUGUGCUAUUAUCAUUUGGCUGUUUGUUCCAUUC